AAAAAAACUUAGACAACGAUUCCAGCGAAGCAAAACGUUAAAGUCGAUCCGUUGAAAUGGACACAAAGGUUUUAAUAAUCGCUUGUUUUUACUUUGGCGAUUAGAAAAGUUGUCAUUCAUUAUUUCGUCUUCAAAUGACAACAUUGUGUACGGCCUGCACAUGUGACGAGGUGUAAUAUGGUGUGGGAAGUAAAAACAGUUCCUAAAAAAGUCCAGGAAUCCAAGACAGAUUGCUCCGGAAUGGACGAGGCAUUUGACCUGCUCAAGUGUAAUGAGGACCUGCCAUCUUCACCAGGCUGCCCCUCCACUGAAGGCCCUAUAGAAUAUGAUGACUUACCAGAGCUACAGGAAGUGCAGGAUGACCACUCAUCCCCAGCAGUGUUCCAGGUGGCCCCGGACGUGUCACAUGAAGAGAGGCCUGAGCAAAGCUGGAGCCUGCAAUCAGCGAGCACUAGCACUUCACACACAAAUUGGCUCACAGAAUUAGCCAACAUCGCCACCAGUCCCCAAAGUCCUUUACUGCAGAGUGCACCCCACCCUAGGUCUUCGCCAGUGCACAUCUUUGCUCACAGUAACAGUUUACAUUCCUAUGCUCGGCCUCCAUUGGCCUCCAGCAGCGCUCCCAGUCCUGCUCGUAGCCACAUAAGAGAGCGUCGCCGCACGAGGGCAAGCAGUGAGUCUGAGUCUGGGGUGUUUUGUAUGUCUUCACUGUUUGAUGAUGAUGACAUGGGGUGGUCCCAUUCCUGGCCUUCCACGAUUUGGCACUGCUUUCUAAAAGGCACACGACUGCGUUUUCAUAAAGGUCCAAAUGUGGAGUGGCAGGAAAUAGAGGACUUGGUUGAGUCUGAGGAUGAGUCUGAUGAUGAAGGAGGCAUGCACCUCAGUCCCCUUAAAACAUAUGGAUGUGAAGGGUUAAAACUUGUGGCCCUGGAGGAGACAGUGUCAUUUGGCCAGUCGGUUCUAAAGUUAACUUUUGACCCUGGUUCUCAAGAGGCUGGCCUUCUAACUGCUGAGUGCCAACUGGACCAUCCAUUUUAUGUAAAAAACAAAGGAUGGUCCUCCUUUUAUCCAAGCCUAACUGUGGUGCAGCAUGGUAUUCCCUGUUAUGAAAUGCAGAUUGGGGACUUGUGUCUACCUCCUGGACACCGUGAUGCCAUCAACUGUGAUGACUCAACUGUCUUUGACACCUUCAGGAGUUAUGACUUCACCCCUCUAGACUCAUCUGCGGUGUAUGUGCUGAGCAGUAUGGCACGCCAGCGAAGAGCAUCCCAGUCGAGCGGGGGCACUGUGAGCCCUGACUGUGACAAGCUGGAACGUUCUGGCUCGUCACAUCACUCUCCCAGUAGCAAAUCACAACGUAGCCACUCCUCAGGGGGAAGUGGUGCCACACCCACAAAAUGCAAACGGCCAAUGAACGCCUUCAUGCUUUUCGCUAAGAAGUAUCGAGUGGAGUACACACAGAUGUAUCCUGGGAAAGAUAACAGAGCUAUUAGUGUGAUUCUGGGUGAUAAAUGGAAGAAAAUGAAGAAUGAGGAGAGAAGGAUGUAUACCAUGGAGGCAAAAGCGCUGGCUGAGGAGCAGAAACGCCUCAACCCAGACUGCUGGAAACGCAAGAGAACCAACUCGGGCUCUCAACAGAAUUAGCUAUGAAACAGAACUGGGAGCGAUUGACAUCACCUAUGCCAUCUGUCCACCUAAAGGAGGGAGGAAAUUUAACUGUGAUGAUUAAAAACCUAGAACGCAUCAUUACAAUGUUAUUAUAUAUAUAUGCACACACUGUGGGAUCCAAAAGUCUGAGAGGACUAAUGAAAAUGUUUCUAUUCUUUUUAUUUUCAUACAACAGGUUUCAUAAAAAUGUAUAUUAAUGACACCCGAGAAAAAAUAGAAUCUUAAUGAUUUGCCAGAAUUUUACAGUUUCUUAGUAUUUUGGUGCAGUCAAACCGGCAAGGUCACCACAUGUUUGAGCAAAAUAUUAAGAUCUAUUUUAGGACGCCUCCAUCAGCAUGUCAUCUCCACACAUGCUUUAAUAAUAGACAUGAGGCUUGAGAAAAAUCUGACCCUUUGUACGACACAAUUAGCAUGGUCAGUAUCACACAGUUGCUUAAAUGUGUAAAUAGAAAUAGUUUAAAACAUAAUAAUAAUAAUAAUAAUAAUAAAUGUUCAACUUUUUUUUUCUAAACCUGUUUAUUUCCAAUGGGAAAAAAAAAUCAAUGUGGUCUCAGAUUUUUAAACCCCACUUUGUGUGCGUGUAUAAAUAUACUAUACAUAUAUAAAAUGAAGCAUAUUAGCAUAUUAUCUAUUAAACUAACAGCGCAUAUAUUUUUUCUUAUUCUUUCAAAAUUAUAAAAAUGCCUUAUUCUUCCAAAGUAAGAAGAUGCUCACUUGUACUUUCAGGUAAUUUUGUAUUUCUAUGCUUGAAAGGUGAGACCCUGUGGUGCUAUUUUAGUGAGAGCAAAGGAGCAGUAUAUAUAGCAAAAAAAAAAAGUAUAUUUUUAAAUGUAAAAAGAGGAAUUUUAGAUAAUAGACAGCUUGUUCAUAUGAGUUACGUACAACUCAAAAAUAUUGCACAGACUCAUUGUAUUGCAAAUGGACAAAUGUUGUUGAAUUACAUGUUCAUCAGUGAACUGGGAAUGGAUGUAUUCUGUAGACACCAACACACCAGCCUAGACCAUAAACUGUGUGUAGGAGCACGGGCAACGUGCGUAGGGGUGUUUGUGCCCCCUUUAACUGGCCAUAUUGUAGAGCAUAACAUGCUACUACACAUACACACGCACACACACACAUACAAAUAAAAUUACUUGAUCACAAAUGAACACAUGCAUACAGUACAUGACAGCACACAUUCACUCUCACAUACAGCACUUCAGGGCCAUGCCUUCACUGUAAGUGUUUUGUUUUUGCACUUUACGUACAUACAUAAACUUGUACAACCAGUAAAUGUAUACAAACUGAUAUAUUGUGUAUAAAAUUAUAUAUACUUAACUCACAAUCAUGGCCAAACUGUAUAAGUUGUGCUUUGCAGGGCUGUUUUCAGAUUAUAGAAAGAGUUGUUGAUAAUGUACAGGUCCAUGUUCCCAUUCAGUUCUUGCACAAAAUGUUCUUGUAUCAUAUUAUAAAUAAACUUUAAAAACUAGUA